CUCCUCUCCCCUCCCCUCUCUCAUCUCAAAGCUGUCAUCCUGAGCGGCGUUGAAACGACGGUUCGGCCCCUAAACGCCCGGAUGAGAGUAGCAGGCGACAUUCAGGGCAACAUGGUCGCAUGAGUCGGCUGGGUGGAGGGCAACCAUUCCGUGGGACGGCAGCCACUGUUGGAAUCUGACAUUUUCAACGCAACCCACGUAAAGCGGUUCUGGGAAAAUACAGGCAGAGAUAAGAGGCGUGGAGGCAAAGAGGAAUAGCGGCACAUUUCUCCCCCCUUGCGGUGUCCUUUUUCUUUUCGUGAAAGACCGUGCAGACAGGCUGUCUCACACUAAGCUAUGGAAUGCUCUCUGCUCCCACCAUCACUAGUCUCCAAUCUUUGGACUGAGCUUCAAACGCUUAGUUAGCAGCUGUGCUUCUCCCCUCGAACUCUUUCUAACCAGGGGAAGAAGAAAAGGAGCAGGCUUAGCAAGUCCUCCGCUGAAAACGCACAGAGCACUUCUCCAUCUUCUUUUUUGAAUAUUUAAGCUAGAUUUUAUAUAUUUUUUUCUUCUGCUUGGAUAUUUUUCUGGUGAAAUCAUAUCAAGAUGGAUUUGGAGUCGUAUCUGUGGAUGGUGAUUAUUGGCUUCAUCAUUGCCUUCAUCCUGGCCUUUUCAGUUGGAGCCAAUGAUGUGGCUAAUUCAUUUGGCACAGCAGUGGGAUCCGGUGUGGUCACUCUGAAGCAGGCCUGUAUCCUGGCAUCCAUCUUUGAGACGCUGGGCUCCAUGCUGCUCGGGGCCAAAGUGGGAGAGACUAUCCGGAAGGGCAUCAUAGACGUCACCCUCUACAAUGACACGGUACCUGUACUCAUGGCAGGAGAGGUCAGCGCCAUGGUUGGGUCAGCGGUCUGGCAGCUUAUCGCCUCCUUCCUCAAACUGCCCAUCUCUGGGACUCACUGCAUCGUUGGAGCCACCAUCGGCUUCUCCAUGGUGGCCAUCGGCACAAAGGGCGUGCAGUGGAUGCAGCUUGUUAAAAUUGUGGCUUCAUGGUUUAUCUCCCCUUUGCUCUCUGGACUCAUGUCUGGACUCCUCUUCAUGCUCAUCAGACAUUUCAUCCUCAACAAGGAUGAUUCUGUCCCUAAUGGCCUGCGAGCGCUGCCCCUCUUCUACGCCUCCACCAUCGGGAUCAACACAUUCUCCAUCAUGUACACUGGAGCUCCAUUGCUUGGGUUAGAGAUGCUACCGGUGUGGGCCAUCUUUCUUAUCACUUUAGCCGGGUCACUCGUCUGUGCAGCCUUGGUCUGGAUAGUCGUUUGUCCCUGGAUGAGGAGAAAAAUAGCAAGUCGCUUAAAGAAGGAGCAGGCUCUGUCCAGGAUUUCUGAUGAGAGCCUGGACAAGAUCCCUGAAGAGGAGGAAGAGAGCCCCGUCUUUAAAGAGCUACCAGGAGCAAAGGGCACCGAUGAGGCUGUGGUGCCGCUCACCGGAGGCAGUAGUGAUCGGGCAACUCGCGACUCCAGUGGGGAGCUCACCAAUCUGGCAAACGGAGGCACUGUCCUGCCAAACGGCAGGGUUUAUGGUCGGACCCACUCAAUGACCAAUGGCUGCCUCAAGUCACCCAUCUCCAAUGGCAGCUUCAGCUUCGAUGGCCACACGCGCAGCGAUGGCCAGGUGUAUCACACCGUACACAAAGACUCUGGUCUGUAUAAAGAUUUGCUUCACAAAAUCCAUCUGGGUCGCAUGGACGAUAACGAGCGCUCCAACGCCGGCCCGCCUGACAACAAUUACCGCCUGCUGCGCCGCAAUAACAGCUACACCUGCUACACAGCCGCAAUAUGCGGCAUGCCCGUCCAGCCACUCAAGCGCUCAGAAUCCCGUGACGACAGUGAAAAGCUGGUAGGUGAGGCAGGCGGCAGGAGCAACAGCGUGUCUUACUCCAAAAAGCGGAUUCGCUACGAUAGCUACUCAUCGUACUGUAACGCCGUCGCCGAGGCAGAGAUUGAAGCAGAGGAGGGAGGCGUGGAGAUGAAGCUGGCCACAGAGAUGGAGGGGGUGGGGGAAGAAGGCGCCCCAGCUCCAGUGCCUCUGGAUGAGCUGGCAGAGGAGGAUCACGAGGAGAAGGAUAAGCCGGAAGUGUAUCUGCUUUUCCACUUUCUGCAGAUCCUCACCGCCUGCUUCGGCUCCUUCGCCCACGGAGGCAACGAUGUCAGUAAUGCCAUCGGGCCGCUGGUGGCCCUGUGGAUGAUUUAUGAGCAGGGAGGUGUGAUGCAAGACGCUACCACUCCCAUCUGGCUGCUGUUUUAUGGUGGCAUAGGCAUCUGUGUUGGCCUGUGGGUGUGGGGCCGCCGCGUCAUCCAGACCAUGGGAAAAGAUUUGACUCCCAUCACCCCUUCAAGCGGAUUUUGCAUUGAAGUAAUGAGUGCGCUAACAGUGCUUGUUGCAUCAAAUGUGGGCAUCCCAAUAAGCUCCACCCACUGCAAGGUGGGCUCAGUCGUAGCCGUGGGUUGGAUCCGUUCCAAGAAAGCUGUGGACUGGCGCCUCUUCAGGAACAUCUUCCUGGCAUGGUUCGUCACGGUGCCUGUUGCCGGCCUGUUCAGUGCUGCCAUCAUGGCCCUGUUCGUGUACGGCAUCCUGCCCUUCGUCUGAGGGUGCACGGCGGGGAGGGUGAGCAGAGGAGGAAGGAGAGCAUCAGAGAGGGAAACUUGAGUUUAAAAAAAAAAGUAAAAAAAGAAAAAAAAAUCAUAGCUCGAGUGUCGGGGUUGCAGAUAAAGAAGAAGGAAGUGGAGAUGGGGAAUCGCAAAGAGAGGAAGCUGCAGAGGUUUACAGAUGGACUUGGUUGUACUGUGGAUGUGAGGAGGGUUGGUUCACUUGCUGCCUGGCUCCAGAGAUCUGUGGGACUCAUCUGAGUAUCUCAUCAUUUCAUUAUUUCUUUUUUUUUUAUUUAUUCUCUGUUUUGGUGCAUAGGAAAUGUACCGUUCAAUCUGCUGUACAUAAGACAAUAACAGGGAACCUUUAAGAAGAAUUGUUUGUUGGGAGAAACAGUUUCAGUUUUAAGCCUCAUUUAAAAAGAGACAGGAAUAAAAAAAUGCCUCAAAACUAAAAAAGAAAUUGAACGGUUAAUUCUGCAGACAGAUAUUCUUCCUACGAUACUAAUUAGUAUUGUUGGUCAAAUGCUUAUCACAUUUAAUAUUCCAGAUCGGAAAAGAAACCUUGUACAUAUUGCUAUAAUGGAUCGAGUGCAAUGUGUAUUACGGCUUGCUUUAAAACAAAAGAAAAGAUGAGCGUGCGGUCAACCAACCCAACCAACUCACUUUCAACAUGCUAGCCCGGUACAACUGGGGCCAAACAGAAAGGACGCCUCAGACAGAGUGGUGCAACCAUCACUCUUUGUUUUGAUUUUCCAUAGAAACCAUAGAAACCCUAAUUUACUAAAGAGUUGAUUUUUUUUUUUUUUGUCAAUAGCUCCUGUAUGUUUGUAGAGAUGGUUCUCAUAUUUUUAAAUGAUGUAUUAUACUGUAAUUUGUACUGUAAAUACUGUCCUUAAGGAGUUUGGGGAUCAUGGUUUGUUUUUAAUCUUAUAGUGCGGGGGGUAAUCAUUAACAGUAUGUUUCAUGCCCAUAAAAAUACUUCACAGGUGGGAAAAAUUUUGAUUUAAAGGAAUCUCUUCACGGUACAGAAGAGCUCUUCAGUUCCUUUUGGUUUUUAUUGUUUUGGGAAAUUUAACAGUAUUGACUGAAAAACGUCUUAAUUUAAAGUUUCCCUACUUGAGAAAAUGGUUUUAAGAUAACCAGAGAGAGAGAGGUCGCUCUUUUCAGAGCAGAUCCAUGCCAAAGUUAGUUGUGUUGUCACCAUUGCAGCAUGAUGGUUACAAGUAGGAGAAUUACGUUUAGGUGCAACAGAUGCCAAAACACUAAAACAGAGCUGAGGCAUACAAAUACAUAUCCACACGCUCUCAGAAAACCGUAUGCCUUUAUUUUCCUACAUGAAGCUUACUUACUGGAGUCACUUUGUUAUAUCUGCCCCCCCCCCCCCCCCCCCCCCCCAGUUACGGACCUCUACACUCUUAUACUCAAGUUCAACCCUGAGACUCCUCAUAUCCUCCAUGUGACAGAGCUGUCAUGUGUCUCUCAAGAUGCCUAGAAGGAAAACAAAAGCAGUUAUGUGUCAUGUUAAACACUGAAACAUGAAACUGGUGUCAUAAGUCAGCCAGCUGUGCAGAUGUGGAAAGGAAGGGGAUUCAACCCCAGCCACAUGUAGCUCCUCAUAACGGACUGCUUCAGUCGAAGUGCUAAAAGUUAGCUAGAUAUCAUAUGGUCAAACUGAGGGGUGUUAAAGUUACGAGAUAUCAUAAGACGUUUGUGUUAGAGAGGAAUAGUAUUUUAUUUUAUUUUUUAUUUUUUUAUGGGGGGAGGGAGGGUAGUAGUACCGAUCAUCACCAGCUUUUAAACGGGGUCAACUGACCAGUGGAUGAACAAAGUCUAAGAGGUUGUUUUUUUUUUUUAUUUGAUCAAACUCAAUGCCAGAUAAUGCAAGUUCUUUUUUUGUUCUUGUGAUGUGUCUAUUUUUAUUUUGUUUCCCAUGAACAAAUCUAUGCUUACGUAGCCACAUGCCUUGUAACACUGUGUUUUACUUUGUGCAGAUACAGUCAAAUAAUUAAGUACUGUGGUGUUUACAUCGUAACCAUAUUGUAGAGUAUCUGUAAAAAUGAGAAAAAAAAACUUCUGCCUAACGAUGCCAAUGAAAGACAAGCUUAUUAACCAUCAAUUUUUAAGUGCAAGAAAAAAGAAGAAAAAUAGAAAAAAAAAAUAACCAGAAGUGUCUAGAAAGAAAGAGAGCAAGUGUGUGCGUGAUGACUUGUUUUUCUUUGGGUGUUGGAGUAGUGCUAAUCAUGAUCCCUGUCACUUUACACUACUACAGUAUGUUUAACACUACAUGUGUGGGUGCAAUUCCGUAACGAAAAGAGUAACUUAGAGAAAUUUCAUCAAAACUAUAUAUUUUUCUACCAUAUCUGAGUUUUAACCUGGGUGAGCUUCCAGACACUUUGGAGGAGACACUGAGGGCUUGACGGAGAAACUGGCAGCUCUUGCGGGGGGUGGGGGGCUAGUUGUUGUCAGGCUGUCAUGCUGAUGGGCUUAUUUUCAGAGCGUUGCCUCGCCGGUGCCAUGUGCCACACUUCCUCAAAGCUCAAUGUGCUCCUUUAACAUGUAGACUGAUGUGUCGGUGGCCAGUAGAUCAGAUUUUUUUAAAUUUACCAUUUUUAUUUUUGAACUUUAGAUGAAAACACUUUGUAAUUUUGUUUCCCUACUGCUUCAAUCAUGAGCUGCAAGGAGAGGACAGCGUGACGCUGCUGAUUCAGAUAUCGAGAAGCUAGAUAUUUGUAGUUAAGAAAAAAAAAAAAAAACCCUUAAACACUAAAACUGGACUGUGAGCUCAUUUGUGUCCUUUAGUCUUUUGGUAGCUGACCUCUGUUGGAGCUCAUGACUUUUUACUUUGCCACUGGCUGUGUGUUACACAGGGGGCUGCAAAGAGCUGGUGUAUUCAUAUCCUCACUAUAUUUGUUGCGAGGAGCAAGGAAUGAGGUACUUUUUAAAAUUUAAUAAUGCACAAGAGAUCAAACCUUGUUUCACAAAGAACUUUUUUUCUUGCCUCCAUUGACUUUAAAGGGAGCUUGUGUAGCUGCUAACUUGUCACCGACUUGCUGUGGCUUCUGUUGACGUAUGCAGGAUGAUAAAUGUGCAGAAGCGACAUUUACAGCAGCAUCUGUCUUAGGUCUGCCGACAUCAGCCAACAAAAGCUUGUUUUACUUUGCAAAACUUAAAGGUAAAGGGGUCAUGCUUCUGCAGCACCAGUCAUAGCUAUGAAUCUGUUGUUGACUCGAUGAAAAGAGUCCUCCAGACCAAAUAAACACAGAUCUGCACAUUUUCUCAUUUUUUCAGUCGAAUAAAAUUCCUUCUGUUUCUACAGCUUUGUCUAUUCCACCAGUUUUUUUUUUUCCAGGAAAAUUCUGCAAAAAUCUUUUAGUGGAAAAACAGGAAACACAACUUAAUUAAUAAAAAUAAAAAAAACGGGUAUGCUUCAGAUUUUUAUAACCCUGAAAAAUGAAACCUGAACGAAACAAAUAAAAGGACUCCACUUUCUCUCCUUCUCACCGAUCUUACUCUUAUAUCACCACCAUGCUCUGCAGCCCCCCUCUGUGAUUCACAUUUUUUUCUCCCUUUUUUUCUGUUCUCUAUGCAUUCUGAGUCCUGAUAGGCCAAAAGGGGCGCACUGCUCAAGUUGGGGAACGAAAAUGAAAACUGUCCUCUGGUGGUGCUGAGGCUUUCUUCUUUCUUUUUUAUCAACAUUUAUUUGAACUGAAUAGCUACAUGGGAGAAGUUGAUCCAAACAGCCUUUUAAAAUGUAAAGACUUCAGGAAACUUAAAGGUAAUAAAUGUUUGGACAAAAUAUUUUGUCCAAGCAGUAGUAGGACCAGAAUUAGAUAAGCAACCGGCUUAUCCAGCUUGUCAUCACACAUUUAUUUGGAAGUUUUAAAGACUUUUUUAAUUGAGCAAUU